UUAUUUUGAUUAUUGAGUCAGAGUUACUUAUUAUUCGAAGACUGAACUUUGUGGAAUGAUGACAAACAUCACAGCUUACAAUAAAAGUGCUAAGGCAGGUGAAGAUUUCAGAAGAGCUAAAAAUCUCUUUUUCUUCUGAAAUCUGUUCUCAGUCACAGAAGUACAAAGCCGGUGAAGGGAACAGCCAGAAGGCCCAGCCCUGUGAUGUGUUGCAGGGGGCAGGGAGUCCAUGGUCCAGCCUGCAGGGACUCCAGCCUGGCGUCUUCCUCCCUCCUCUCCUCCUGUCAGUCUCCACAGCGAUCGGCCAGCAAUCUGUACCCCUCUCACCACCUGCUCACUGCCUCUUCAUGAGGGCUGUCCGGGGGCUGCUGCCAGCGCUGCUCUUUCUCCAGGCUGCUCUCACGGACGACUCUAGAGGAGAAAGGUGCCAUGGGUUAAGACACCUGGAGAACGGGCGCACGUUCUUCCGCUACGGGGGGCUAUACGUGACCUUCACCUGCAAUCCAGGGUUCAGAGUUCACGGCUUCCGCACCAGCAGCUGCAUCUCUGGCCGCUGGACCAGAGCUCCGCCUGCAUGUGUGGCCUCAGGAUGUCCGAACCCGGGGGGGAUACUCCAUGGCAGCAGCAUGAUGACCCCCGACAGAUCCUUUGUCUUCUUCAUGUGUGACAAGGGCUACAGGCUCUUUGGGUGUCCUCUGCUGUACUGCAGGGGAAGAACAUGGAACAGCACUAAGCCAGUAUGCAAAGAGUCUGAUGUGAUGAGCUCAGACAAACAGAAGCUCCUUGCUCUGCUGAGGUCCAGUCUGGCUCAGAAUCUGAAUGCACCAUCGGCCUUGAAGAAUCUUUUCCAGUUGCAGUAUGAUAGCAGUUUGAGUGCCGCUUCCAAGGACAUAUUCCUUGAUCCUGGGCUACUGGCAGAGGAGCCAAGGGCCUCAAAUCCCAAACAACUAUACUCAGCGGGGGCACUAAGACAGCUGACUGUGAGCAACAGAGUACCAGAGCCCAAAGAAAAGGAGGUGUUUAUUGAAAAACAGUACCAGUCUGGUAGAGCAACUACAGGAGGAGGGGAAGAGUCAGAAGAAGUAUACAGUAAACCAAGCAACUAUGAAAGACCUCUCUACAAGCCUCUGUCUUCACUGACAUCACCAGCCUCUUCCCUGUCAAUUGCCAAACUCUCAAUGGCACCAUCACCACCUGCUCCAGACGAGGAGAGCUCACCUUCUUACUCACAGGACAAAAUGCUGCUAAUGUCACCGACCUCUAUGCCGGCAGAGCAUGAUGAGAAAACAUAUGACCAGACAACCUCACAUCUAGUGUUCUUCACUGAACCAUUCACUAUCGCUUCACAGACUGUAGAAGAGCAGCAAGCACAGCACUCCAUUUAUUCCAAGACACAUGAAGCAACUGUCACCUCUGAGUCCGUGACUAAUUCUUUAUCUUCAGCCUCGACAAGGAGGCCACAGCUCCCUGCUUCUCCAAAAGCACGCAUUAUAGACUCAACUGCUUCUCAGGAACUAAAUCGACCUUCUUUUGAACUAUCAUCAACAACCUCAGAUCAAAUUCCUUUACUGGAUAGCUCUGUAUCAGCCACUCUGUACCAUGUUACCAACACACCAGAUACUUCAGAAGACUCCUUACGCACCCCUUCAUUUCCACAGGCACAAUCAUCAGUACUAGACAGCUUUAAUACAUCUUUAGUAUUCAAAGGCAAUAUUGCCAAAUCUGGGUCUAUAAAUAAAGACCAUGCAAAGUUUUCUGAGUCUUUAGCAAGUCCACAGAAUUCCACAGCUUCUACUUUCCUGGUAGGGGAAUCAUACUCAAGAUAUUCAGGAAGUGCACCUCACCAAAUUAGGUCAGAGAUGAGUCCUGAUGCAUCUUUCAGUGAUAUGAAUCAGAAAACACCUCUUAAACAUCCUGAAAAAAAUAAUCAAGGCCAUUUAGAAAGGACAAUUAUAUUUUCAUCUGAUGAAAUUAAGACUAACGUCACCUUUCAAGACAACACUGAGCAUAGUACUAGAGCUGGAAAAAAGAACAACAAACCUACUACUGCCUCCUCUGCGACAGGUGUGCUUCAAAAUGUCUCCUUAAUCUCAACAGAUAAUCUGAAGCCUGUGAUAAACAGUCUGGGACAGUCUGCAGCCUCUUCUGUUGGUAAAUCUCAGGAAAAACAUGCUCACCAAUGGAACAUCUCAACAACAGAAGAACAAAGGAAUUUACAACCAUUGAAAGACAGGCUGGCUAAAACAGCCUUCGUUGAUUUGGCAACCACACAACCCAAAGCAGGCAUGUGGGUAACGGAACAUGCAGAUAUGGACACAGGACAUCACAAUCAACAGCCUCCUGCAACCCAGGGCACCACAGCAACAGCAGGCACAGCUGCUGUGAGCACAGAACAGACUGCAGUAAAUGAUUCUGCUGAACAGGCUACUACAACACAACAGGCAGUUGGCCUCAACCGGAGUGACUCAGAAUCCCUGAUGUCAUCACCUGGAACCAUGAGAAUCCAGACACAGGAACGUCUGGAUCAGACUGGAGAUGCCACAGUCCACAGGAUCAAUGCACUGCCUGCUGCUGGCUUGCCAGACCCCACACCUAGUGGUUCCCAUCACAACUUUGUGGAAAUCACAGCUGAUGAGCUGCCACUGCUGGGGUCACUGAAGCGGAGGCCUGUGUGUCCUUACCCACCACUUCCUCCCCAUGGAACCUUCUAUUUCCGUACAGCUGUCAACCCCUCCCCAUGGCAGUACAGACACUAUGUGCAGUACUCUUGUUACCCUGGAUACACACUCGCCAACGGCGAUGUCUACAGCUACUGUCUACACAAUGGCAGAUGGAGUGGGGUCACGCCUGCUUGCUUAGAGGUCACCCCUUGCUCUGUGAACAAUGGAGGCUGCUCUCAGCUCUGCGAGGUGACACCUGAGGGCCGAGCGCAGUGCAACUGCAGAGAUGGCUUUGAGCUGCUGCAGGACAACAGAACAUGCAGAGAUGUGAAUGAAUGUGCAGAGGAGCUCCACUACUGCCAGCAGGACUGUAUCAACACCUUUGGCUUUUACAAGUGCAGCUGUUGGCCUGGAUACCUGCUGUCAGAAGAUGAGCGGUCCUGCUCUGAUGUAGAUGAGUGCCAGCUGCCCAUUGGCUUUGCCAGCUGUCUGUUUGGCUGUAUCAACACUCCAGGGAGCUUCAGAUGUCACUGUCCAGAGGGGUACAGGAUGGCAGCAGUUGAAGGUCACUGCAUAGGCCUCGUCUGAUAGGCCCUCCUCUUCUCGGGCAGAUGUUGACGAAUGUCUGGAGAACGACGGGCG